AUGGCCAGCAAAAACGGACCAGUCCUGCCCCAGGAGGGCAAGGAGAACAUCCUCAUCACCAGUGCCCUGCCCUACGUCAACAACGUCCCCCAUCUGGGCAACAUCAUUGGUAGCGUUCUGUCUGCCGAUGUCUUCGCCCGUUUCUGCCGCGCCCGUGGCCUGCCCACCCUCUACGUUUGCGGUUCCGACGAGUAUGGCACCGCCACCGAGACCAAGGCCCUUUCCGAGGGCGUAGACCCCGCGACUCUUUGCGCAAAGUACCACGCCCUUCAUAAGGAUGUCUACGACUGGUUCCGCAUCAGCUUCGACAAGUUCGGCCGCACCCCCACCGACGAGCACACCGGCAUUACCCAGGAGAUCUUCGCCCAGCUCUGGAAGAAUGGCUUCAUCGAGGAACGCGAAACCACCCAGGCCUUCUGCGCCGUCCCCGAGCACAAUACCUUCUUGGCCGAUCGCUACGUUGAGGGUGAAUGCAGCAUCUGCCACGACCUCGGCGCCCGCGGUGACCAGUGCGACGCUUGCGGCAACCUCCUCGACCCCAUGCAGCCCGACAAGAAUGCUGCCGGCGAAGACGAGAGCAAGGGUACCGGCUGGCUCAUCAACCCCCGCUGCAAGCUCGACGGCUCUACCCCCGAGAGGCGCAAGACCAAGCACCUUUACAUCCGAUUGGACGAGCUCAACAAGGAGAUCACUGCCUGGCUCGACAGGGUUGAGAACGGCUGGAGCGCCAACUGCGUUGCCAUUACCCGCUCGUGGAUCAACAACGGCCUGAAGCCCCCGUGGUAUCACGAGAGAUCUCAAGUGGGGUUCCCCAAGGGCCUCGAGGGUCUCUCUGACGAAGAGUAUGCCAAUAAGGUCUUCUACGUUUGGUUCGAUGCCUGCAUCGGUUAUGCUUCCAUUACCAAGUGCUACACCGAUGAGGGUAACCUCGAGGGCAGGAACUGGGAGAAGUGGUGGAAGAACCCCAAUAACGUCACCUUGUACCAGUUCAUGGGCAAGGACAACGUUCCAUUCCAUACCAUCAUCUUCCCCGGCACGCAGUUGGGUACAAAGGAGAAGUGGACCCAGGUUAACCACCUGUCCACGACCGAGUACCUCAACUACGAGGGUGGCAAGUUCAGCAAGUCCAAGGGCGUCGGUGUGUUUGGCAACAACGCUAGGGAUACCGGCAUUGACCCCGAUGUCUGGAGAUACUACCUCCUGUCCAGACGUCCCGAGUCUGGUGACUCCGAGUUCAAGUGGGAGGAGUUCAUUGACUCCAACAACAACGAUCUCCUCAAGAACCUCGGUAACCUGUGCCAGCGUGUCGUCAAGUUCUGCCAGGCCAAGCUCGACGCCAAGGUCCCUGCGUACCCCGCGACUCCCAUCGCGUCUCUUGACGAGUACAAGGAGGAGAUCAACAAGCUCCUCAAGGAGUAUAACGAGCAGGUCAAGGGUACCAAGCUCCGCGCCGGUCUUGCUACCGUACUCAGCAUCUCUGGCGUCGGUAACAAGUUGCUCCAGGACAACAAGCUCAGCAACCAGCUUCUUACCGAGGAACCUGAGCGCUGCAACGCUGUCAUCAACUUUGCUCUCAACCUUCUCCACCUCAUUGCUGGCGUGUUGACCCCUUACAUGCCUGGCACCGCCCAGUCUAUCCUUCGCCAGAUCGGCCUCAAGGCUGCUGAGGGCGAGACCGACAUUCCUGUCGUCAUCCCCGACACCUGGAACCCCGAUAUCCUCAAGGCCGGUGAGCCCAUCGGCACCCCUGAGCUUCUGUUCUCCCAGAUCCCCGCUGCCAAGCUGGAGGAGUGGCGCGAGGCUUACGGUGGUGAGGAGCUCCGCAAGCAGAAGGCCAUUGAGGCCGAGAAGGCUGCUGCCAAGAAGCUACAGAGGGAGAAGGAGAAGGAGAAGAAGAAGGCCAAGAAGGAGAAGGAGAGACUGGCCAAGGAGCAGGCUGCCAAGGAGGCUGCCGCUGCUGCUGGUGGUGAGGCUCAGCCCGCCGCUGGUGAGACUAAGGAGCUGCCUUUGAGGUAA